ACUACCAACCUUCGACGGUAGAGCAAUUCGAGCGGAAAACAAACUCGGUUUAAUAUUUAAUCGCAUCAUAUCCCAAUCACGACCGACACGGCUUGACUCUGGUCUAGCGUGAAAUCCUCCAGCUAGCCGUCGACGGUGUCUACGGUGUCUAAAAACUAUCCCAAAAGGUGUGAAACGAGUGUCUGAACAGGAAACCGAGGCAGGAAAUCAAACCCAAAAAAAAAAAAAACAUUCACCUUUCCAGCGCCAAACGGUGGUGCUAUUCGUUUUUGGGAGACACAGGUGUGAAACCACCUUCGUGCAGAGACACCAUCCUUGCGCUUGGACGCACGUUGUUCUGCCAACGGAACCAUGGAAGCGGUAGCGAAACCCUCCUCGACACGCUCACAGCAGCAGGUGCUGUCGGUGCAGAAUCAGCAGCAAAUUGCGAUUGAAAUUAUCAGCGAAUCGCCAAUCGCACAGCACCAGCAGCAGCAGCAACAGCAGCAGCAACAACAGCCACCACACCAACAGCUGCAGCAUCAGGAGCUACAAGCGCACACGCUGCUGCAACAGUGCCAGCAGCAACAGUCAGCGGUCCCCCAGCCGAACGUGGACAUUGUGCUGCGCGAAUCGACCCGUGGCAAUCUGGUCAGCCGAAAAAAAGCCCUCGACCGCGGACGGCACAAGAGUUCAGGCCACAAGAGCAAGGGCGACCACAAGGGUGAAGGCAAAUCGGUGUACCGGAAGUUCUUCAAGCGCAUCAAAACGAUCCUGGACGGGGCGGAUCCGGACGCGAGCAGCCAACCGGAAGCGGAGGAUCUGCCCGUCCCUGCCCGCUACUAUCCGGACUCGCUCGUCGAACUGACGCGGACGGCGCGCUUCACCGAGGAGGAGAUCAAGCGAAUAUACCGCGGCUUCAAGGCCGAAUGUCCGACCGGCAUCGUCAAGGAGGAAACAUUCAAGGGCAUCUAUUCACAGUUCUUCCCGCUCGGUGGUAAGAUUACCAAGUAAACAGGGCCAUCCGUAGAUGCUGCUUCCGGGUCCGUCUGUGUUUGUGUAGUUUUACCUUUUUUGUAGUUGCCCGCUACCCAGCGGUCAAAUAGUGGCUGCCUCUAAAUUCCCUGACUUUCCGUUUUCCUACCUUCAAAUGGUUAGGAAGAUUGUAGAGCGUAGUUGUGUAGGAAAGAGUAGCGUUCGUUCUUGGAUGUUGAUUCUCGGUUUCGGUGUCCAGCCAAAAUGCUCGGUGUGCGAAAGCUUCACCCCGCACAGACAUCCGUACAGAUGAGGCUCCGCAUCAUUUAUGGAUGACCCAGUUAUGUUUAUAUCUGUUUGUGUGUGUGUUUGUUCUUUUAGCAUGAGUCAGUUUCAGCUUACGUUCUUGAGCGGUUUUAUGCCGCUUUUGCACGGACUGUUCAGCAAUAAUAUACAUCGUUACUGAUCAUCAUGAUCAUUUUAGUGAUAUGUUCUACUUUUAUCCUUUGACGCCUUGCUUGAGUGCUUAGUGUGAAUUGCUGUUUUGUAGUUGUUUUGUUGGCAUAUAAUUCACAGGGCGCAAGUUAUCCAUUAGUGUUAUAGUUCAACAGUAGAACAGCGUUUUAUAAUUUAAGCUUUUUUAUAAAUUAUAAAAAUAAUG